AUGGAAACAAAAGCUGCUGAAUAUGCGGAGCUCGCUAGUCGACCAGUAUCAGAGCGGUCGGCGGCGGACACGGAGGCAGCCCACGAACUACUGUCGUUGGCUCACAGCGUACCUCCACUUCCACCCGCCGCCGUUUUCACCGUCCUGCAUGCGACUGACACGCCUCUCGUGCCGCUAUAUACCUACACUAUUCAACCUACCAACAUUUUUAUAAUAGCCGAGGAGCCACCGGAACCGAUCAUCCACACAUUUCAGGCAGUCGCACCUGUACAACCCGUUGAAUACGCCACCGUCGAAGGUUCAAUAAGCUACGUGGCAUAUCAACCUAGUGAGCUCAUUGAACAUAAAGCACUCGAUCCAGUACCGCUGCAAGAGCCGACCCUAGUCCCAGAACUUAAACGAGCGGAGCCAGAACCGGAACCGGAACAGGAACCAGCACUAGACCAAGAACCGGAUCCUGAUACAGAUAUAGAAGUCGAACAACAACAACCUAUCACAUUAAAGGAAAAAGGAGGAAAAUUCGACUGCAAUGAAUGUGGUAAACGCUACGCGACUUCGUCAAAUUUAUCGCGCCAUAAGCAAACACACCGAAGCUUAGAUUCGGGGUCGGCGAAACGUUGCGGCGAAUGCGGCAAAGCCUACGUGUCAAUGCCGGCGCUGGCCAUGCACGUGCUUACUCACCGCAUGGGCCACGUUUGUGGCGUGUGUGGCAAACAGUUUUCUCGGCCUUGGCUGCUUCGUGGGCACUUGCGUUCUCACACUGGCGAGAAACCAUACAACUGCGCCUCCUGCGGGAAGGCUUUCGCGGAUCGCUCCAACCUUCGCGCCCACCUGCAGACUCAUUCGGCUGACAAGAAAUACGAAUGUACACGCUGUCAUAAGACUUUCGCACUCAAAAGCUACCUCAACAAACACCAGGAGUCAGCAUGCGUGCGCUCCGACGACGAGUAA